AUGAGGUUCCUUUUGUGCAAACUUGGAGACCCGAACGCGCUGCAGGAUGUGGAGCUGGCUGGGGACGUGGCUGAGUUUCCCAUCCGCCGUGUGAGCCAGAGAGACUCAGGGAACUACAGCUGCCGAUAUAGCAUCAAUUUGAACCAACCCAUCUGGUCAGAGCCCAGCAACCCCGUGGAGCUGGUGGUAGCAGAGCUCCCUGAGACCAAACCCUCCAUCUCCGUCAGCCCCAGCGGGGUGAUCGCCCCGGGGGCAGCCGUCACCAUCCGCUGUCAGUGUCAGUGCGAGGCCAGGAGGUUAUUUCUGUAUAAAGGUGGAAUCGAAAUCCGGGAGCUGGAUGCUGCUGGGGACGGGGGUGAAUUCACCAUCCCCAGCGCCAGACUGGAAGACGGAGGGGUCUACAGCUGCCGAUCUCGCUCCAGAUCGGAGCCACCCAAGUGGUCGUAUCCCAGUGAGAUGGUGCGGAUCAUUGUAGUAGAGCUCAGCUACCCCAAACCCUCCAUCUCCCUGCGCCCCAGCUGGGGUGUUGCCCUGGGAGGAGCCGUGACCGUCCGGUGUCGGGGUCUGUACCAGAAUGUGAGGUUCCUUCUGUACAAAGAUGGGAACCCAAACGUGAUGCAGGACAUGGAGCCUGCUGGGGACCUGGCUGAGUUUCCCAUUCGCAACGUGAGCCGGAGAGACGGAGGGCACUACAGCUGCUAUUAUUGCUCCAAAUUGUACCCAUUCAUCUGGUCGCAUCCCAGCGACCCCGUGGAGCUGGUGGUAGCAGAGCCCAAACCCAACAUCACCCUGUACCCCAGUGGGCAGGUCGCCCCGGGGGGAGCCGUGACCAUCUGGUGUGAGUGUUGGUGUCGGGGAGCGAGGUUCCUUCUGAGUAAAGCUGGAGACCCGGACGCGCGGCGUGUGAUGGACCCCAUGGGGGACGUGGCUGCGUUUCCCAUCCGCAUUGUGAGCCAGGGAGACGCAGGGAAUUACAGCUGCCAAUACAGCACCAAGUGGGACCCACCCAUCUGGUCGGAGCCCAGCGACCCUGUGGAGCUGGUGGUAGCAGGGGCAACAGACACGAGUGAGCCGGGAAUGACGCUGGCUCCCCCCCACCCAGGCAAUGCGGGGCCAGGUACCAGGGCUGAGGGCAGGAAGUCGACAUCAACCCCCCACAAACGAGAUUACACUCGGGGCAACAUCGUCCGCCUGGCCCUGGGUGCCGGGGUCCUGCUGGCCCUGGCGCUGAUGCUGGCCGAGGCUGCCCACAGAUGGAGGAGGGGCGGACACUAGGUGAGGUGACCCCCUUUCAAAAGCCUCCUCCCUACUCCAGCCUGGCUGCCCCAGCGUGGGGGAAGGGCAGUGGGGGUCACCGUCAUCCUGCGCUCAUGACGCUGCGUCAUCAGGAUGGAGCCGGAAGGACCAGUGCAGCCGAACACGUCUGAGCCGGCCCUGCUGACUGGCCCCCAGGGCGUCUGGACAGGCCCAGCUUAGCGUGGGGCUGGGGAGGGGCUGUGCCAGGGGCUCUGUCUGGGGGUGGCAGAAAUAGCUAAUGGCAGCGGG